AUGGCCUCUACUCGAAGAAGCGCGCGUUUGCUAGCGAUUGCUUCCGGUUCGAACUCGAACGUCCCUGAUGCAACGACAGUUACCGCUGACGAAGCAGCAACUGUGCCUCAGGAGACAACUGGAGAUAAUCUCGUGAAUAAUGAGACCUCCUUUGUCAACGAAACAUCAGACGGAUUGGACGUGACUACUCGGUCACAGGCGCCCCUAUCCUCCGUCGCCGAAAAUUCCCCUCCAGCAUACGCCUCUCAAGACGAGGACACGCUACAGGAACAACCUUUUACUUUGGUUACAAAUAGCCGAAGAAGCGGCAGCUCUAGUUCCUCUCGAAGUCCUA